AUGCCAGAGAUUCCCAACCCUACUAAAAAGCUUUUCUUCUCUACUUGUUUUGACUCGAAUUUUUCCUUGCCAGCGUCGGAAAUGUCUGAGUUUGUGGCUGCCAACAUCCAGGAGGAGGCCAGCAGUCUCUCUGCGUCACCGGGUGGAGAAGACUUCCUGUUUGUGGAAGCCCGGCACCCCAACACGGUCCUGCAGGGUCUCAACGCCUUGAGGCUCGAUAACUCCUUUUGUGAUGUCACGCUGUGUUGCGGUGGACAGGAGUUUCCCUGUCACCGCAUCGUGCUGGCAUCCUUCAGCAAUUACUUUCAGACCAUGUUUAAAACAAAUCUAAAGGAGUCCAAACAGGAUCGCGUGGCUAUCAAUGGAGCUGAGCCGCAAAUGAUUGGCAUGCUGGUGAGCUAUGCUUACACAGCUGAGGUCUACAUUUCCAAAACAAACGUCCAGGCACUGCUGGCUGCAGCCAACCUGAUGGACGUGAUGGCCGUGCGAGACGCUUGCUGUCGUUUCAUGGAGCGACAGAUGGACGAGACCAACUGUGUGGGGAUCCACUGCUUCGCUGAGGCCCAUUCGUGUAAGCUGCUGGAGAAACAAAGCAUGGACUACAUCCUGGAGCACUUUAGCAGUGUUUGUCUACAGGAGGAGUUCUUGACCUUGUGUGUGGACAAGCUCGUUGAAAUCUUGGACAGUGACUUUCUCCAUGUAGCCAGAGAGGAGUUAGUAUUUGAAGCUGUCAUGCUGUGGCUUAAUAAAUGCCCGACUCGCAAGCAGAGCUUUGAGAAGGUCUUUGAGAACAUCCGCCUGUCCCUCAUUUGCCCCUACUAUCUCCAUGAUGUAAUUGAAUCUCUGGACGUGGUAAAGGAAAACCCAGGCUGCCAAAAGCUUAUUUCUAAAGCCAAAGACUACCUGCUGCUAAAGGACCGCCGAAGGGAGCUUUACUGCUCCCGGGUACGGCCGCGCCGAUUCACAGAAACAUUGGAAGUUAUCAUAACAGUUGGUGGGGAGGAUGACAAAGUGGUACUGCGAAGUGUGCAGAGCUUCGAUCCCUUGACGAAUGAGUGGAGGGACCACGCUUGCCUGCCGUUUGCUGUGAGCAAGCAUGGUCUGGUGGUGUCAGACUCCAUUUUGUAUUUAGCCGGUGGCGAAUUUCCCGAUGGCUCGGCCAGCAGGUGGAUGUGGCGGUAUGACCCGUGUUUCGACACAUGGAUGGAAAUUGCUCCCAUGAAUGCUCCUCGAUCUGAACUCGGCCUGGUGAUGCUGGACGGUUUAAUUUACGCCGUGGGUGGGUGGGAAGGUGGCUCUCGUCUAGACUCUGUGGAGUGCUACAACCCUCACACCAACUCCUGGCAGUUCACGGGCUCCGUCAAGAUGGCAGUCACAAGUCCUGCUGUUGUGGCGCUGGAUGGUCUUCUUUAUGUUACUGGUGGCGCGGUUCUGGAAGACGGCGAUGGCUCAGAUCUCACACAAGUAUACAAUCCUAAAACAGAGACGUGGAUGGAGGUUGCGCCGAUGCAGAUUCCUCGUUCUGGUUCAGCAGCUUGUACACUGAAGGGAAAGAUUUAUGUCAUAGGUGGAUGGCACGCUACGAAGGAAAACACAGACAAGGUGGAGUGCUACGAUCCUAAGACCAACCAAUGGACCAUGUGCGCCCCCAUGAAAGAACGACGCUACAGACCUGGUGUCGCCGUAGUGGAUGAAAAGAUCUACGUUCUGGGAGGAGAGGAAGGCUGGGACAGAUAUCACGACACAAUUGAGAGGUUCUGCGACGUGACUGACACGUGGGAGAUCGUCGGGGAGAUGCCCACCAGUCGCAGCUGGCUCGGCUGCGUGUCCCUACUGCUGAGAAAGGACUUUUUGUCAAAGUCUCGUCUGAAUACAACAAAAAGCUGCUAA